GGCUGCAAAAGCGAGGCACAACAAGGCGACUUCCGUGACUGCAAAGGCACCCCAACAAGACGCUGCGGGCAUCCCAAGACGCGAAGCAGCUCGAUCCGUCAUUGGACGAUAGGUCAUGAUACGUGGCGUAGCCAAAAAAGCCGCAGGCGGUGGCGGAGCAGUCCCUGCCUCAAAUAUCUUUGCCCAAUUUAUGCGAAUUACGCCGGGUCGCGAAGCGGCGCAGAGUGCCGGGGUCGCACCUCUUCAACUGACAGACUCGUCUGCACCUGAAACAUCGCACCAGGCAGCCGUCCAGGAUACACAGAACCUUCAAUCUGAAUUACUCGGCCCUACAAGAAACACAGUGCCGAGCGUGGUCACCAGUUUUGGUCGCGAAACUGCUCGCUCGGUUUUCGUGGCGAACCCCAACUGGAAAGGCGGCGCUCGAGGUGUCCGUGAUAUCUUGGCCUUCGCGCCAACGCAACGAGGCCGGCUUGUCCGCCCACCAACGAGUCAAGAUCAGAAAUCCAGCCGCGCUGUUAGGGGGUCAGUUCGUACCCGUGACGAUCUCACUUUCGCUAUACCAUCUAGCCGCGCAGCUACGGGGUCUAUUCCUGCCCGCGAGGAUUUCCGUCUAGCUAUACCACCUAUUCGGGGUAUGAACAGCCGAAAACACUUGCGCUCGCAGCCCAAUUCAUCGACAAUUCGACAAGAAGAGUCCGAGGAGCCGGCUUUGAAGAGGGCUAGGCCGCCCGCUGUCUCGCCGCUGGCUGUCCCGGCUCCUACGCGAGAUAGACAGAAGCGCAUUGCCGCAAGAGAACAGAGGAAGCGAAAUGGUGUUAUUUGGGACAGUCUAGUCGCCCCUAUGGACGGGGUAGAAGAAGGCGGAGGUCCUGCAACGCAGCCGGAUCCCCUUCCGGUUGAAUCAACAGCGAGGGCAGACCUCCCCUUUAUCGUGGAAGAAGAGGAAGAAGAGGAGGAGGAGGAGGAGUUGUAAAUAGAAGUUCUUUGCUAAAUAGUUUUCACGUUCCAUGCUGCAUCAACACAAUUGGUCUAUGAAAGCUCGAUUUAUACAGAUGAGA